GAAAUUCUAGUGACGGAUAUUUUUACUAUGUCCCGCUUUACUUCAAAAUGUUUAAUUUUUUUACAAUCACAUUCAAAUCCAUUUCUAUCAUUAUCGAAAUUUGAUUUUUUUUUUCGACCUUAUGUAUCAUUUUUACAGGUACCGACAAGAAAAUUAGAUUUAGGUAGUUUAAGCGAUAAUCGUAAAGCAACCAAAGAGAAAAGACGCGUAGGACGUGGGCCAGCUUCAGGUAGAGGCAAAACUUGCGGUAGAGGUCAUAAAGGUCAAAAGGCUCGUGGUGGUAAUGGCAAACCAAGAAGAGAUUUCGAAGGAGGCCAAACUCCCCUUAGUAGACGUUUUCCUAAAAGAGGUUUUUAUAAUCUCUUCAAAACGACUUGGGCUCCUUUAAAUCUUGAUAGACUUCAACAUUGGAUAGAUAAUGGGAGAAUAGAUCCUUCACAGCCUAUUACGAUGAAACAUCUUUUGGACUCGAGAUGUGUAAGAGAUGUUAAAGAUGGAGUUAAAAUAUUGGCUGAUGGUAAAGAGCAUUUCAAGACUCCAAUUACAAUUGAAGUAUCACGUGCGUCUCAACAAGCCAUAAAAACAAUUGACUCAGUUGGAGGAAAGAUUACUUGUAGAUAUUUUAAUAAAUUAGCUUUAAGAGCUACAAUUAAACCUGAAAAAUUUUGGAAAAUACCAAAAUUCGCUGCUCCGAUGAAACAACGCGAUAUUGGUACAUAUUUAUAAAAUUUCACGUGAUUCAAUUGCUUUUAUACUAAAUUUUUAACUUUUUAUUAUAAUAGUUUGGUAUUCGGAUCCAAAAAAUAAAGGUUAUCUAGCUUCACCA